UUGUCAAAUGUUCUGUAUCUCUUUCUCUGUCGAUCCUAAAAAAAUUAUUGAAAAGCUUCGAUAUUUGUAAGAAUACGAGCUAUGAUCUACGAAAAUGGCGAUUAUGAAGCAGACCUUGAGCUUCUUGAAUCAAUACAAAGACACUUGCUUGAUGACUCUCAAACUCCGAUAAGAUUCUCCGCUGAAAAUUAUUCAGAUGAGAUGUUUCUAUUUGGUGUAGGCAACGAUGCUUCAAGUGCGGGAUGGCUGCAGUCUAUCUCCGCCAUUUCUACGGAGGCACCAGCAGAAAGGGUGGAGGAGAUGACGGUUGUGAAGGUGGAGCCGUCGAUGGAGGUCCCUAGGGUGAAGAAUUAUAGAGGUGUUAGGCGGCGGCCGUGGGGAAAAUUUGCGGCGGAGAUAAGGGAUCCGUCGAAAAAUGGGUCACGAGUAUGGUUAGGGACGUAUGAGACAGCGGAGGAUGCUGCAGUGGCCUACGACAGGGCUGCUUAUCGUAUUCGGGGAUCGCGUGCAUUGCUGAAUUUUCCGCACAGGAUAAAUACUGGUGAGCCGGAGCCCGUCCGCGUUACAUCGAAGAGGACUGCCAUCUCGCUGGAUCGGAUUUCGUAUUCGGGAGCAUUGGAAAAUGGGGCACAUAAGAAGCGGAAGAAGGUGGCAGAGGCACCGGCGGUGCAAAAUGGGUGCUGAGUGUAUAGCAUUUUCUAGUGUCUUGUUUGGCUGAUUUGCUAUUUGUAUUCUUUCUUUCAAUCACUAUCAUAUUCUCUUCCUUUCUUAAGAAAUGGAGAUCUGUAUUUUAUGUAUUGAUACUACUUGCUAAAUUUCACGCCGAUCAAAAAUGAAAUAACUAA